AACUUUUUCGCAUUGUUUAUUUACAUUGGCAUAAAUACAAAAUAAACAUGGAUCCUUCAAUUAUUGAGUUUAUUGGCGAGAAGUCCAUGAUUAGUAUAAUUCCCAACUUCUCAAAUGAACCGCUACAUCUGGUUUAUGGCUCAGUGGGUCCGUUUCGCGCUGGCUUUCCAGUUUUUGUGCCGCUGUGGCUUGCCACACAUUUGCGAAAACAAGAAAAAUGCCGAAUUGUUCCGCCCGAAUGGAUGGAGCUGGAAACAUUGGAGGAGAUUAAGGAGGAAGAGAAGCGCUCCAAAUUCUUCACAAAGAUGCCCUGCGAACAUUAUAUGGUUGUCGCUCAACUGGUCAUGAGCACAGCUCCAGAUGAUGUGCCACGCUGCGAGGAGCUGCGGACUAUUAUUAAGGACAUCUUCGACAUACGUGAAUCGAAAUUGCGCACCUCUAUCGAUGCCUUCAUCAAGGGCGAAGGCACCUACGCCAAGCUGGAUAAUUUAACACUCUUAGAAAUUCACAGUGUUCGUCCUAUUCUGCCCUAUUCCCUGGAUCACAUAGCGCGCUACCAAAGAAUGGCCACUGCCUCGCAGCGAGAUACCUCCAUGUUGGGCUUGAAUACAACGGGCAGCGCUUCAGGUACAGGUUCUAUGAGCAAUUCCCUUUUCACACAGUAAAAGUUUGUGAUAAAUAAGCUUAAGUUUAAUUGUAGAUAAAUAAAUAUA